AUGGAACCAUACUAUCAACUGCGUCCUUCCACCGUUCUGUCCUCGCUGUCGUCAUAUGCUCAACUUUCUGAUAUUUUCGAUUACCACUAUUUGCCGCUGAGCGAGUUCGUUGCUGGAUUAUCCGACGAAAACGCCAUCAUGUCUGAUUCAGAUACCGAACCGGAGGAUGACGAGGAGUUUGAGAAGACACAGAUGGAACGAGUUCGCUUCCGGAGGUUUACCGCCGAGUCCGUGACUCGCGAUGCAGAUAAUGAGGACAAGCUCCACUUCAUGACCUUUAAGCAUAACUCCCGCAACGCAGGCGUUCCUGCUAAGGUUGAUCAUUCCAUUAUUUCCGACCAUUUUUGCGAGGUGGAACAGAGCUCCAGAAUAGAUGUCAUGGCGGUUCCUCGCCAUGUCCCAAUCGCUGCUCCAAGGUUUGUUUCUAAGUCGGUUGAACCACUUGACACUCCGUCUUCCGUGCAACUUGUGGAAUACUUGGCCAAGUGCUCGAAUCCAUUGAGCUCGGAGCGCGAUGCUCGAAUGGAAGCAACUUUGGCCCCCUCGGGUGUAAGCAAAACCAUUCAUUCGAAGGCCAACGAUACUUAUGAAGGCGUUUCACGGCAACAGUUCUUCAUGGAUGAUAGCAAAAAUGUAUCGGAUUUCCUUAUAUAA